ACUGAAAAAAACCAAAAAGAAAAGAAAUUUCCAGUCCACAGAUGCUAGUGCUCAGCCACCAAGCAUUCCUUCAUCCUCCAAAGCCCUCAUCUCUCCCUCGGAUCAAGCCCCGGGCAUCCAUGAGCCGGAGCCGGAGCCCCUCUCCGCUGCUGGACUUCCCCUACCUCCCUCCUCCCCACCGGGAGCUCAUGCUCUCCCUCUUAUCGACAGUCCAUUCUCGCUUGGCCUCUCAUCUCCUCCCUUCCUCUGUCCCCUCCGACGUCCUCUCCUUCCACAACGAUGCCUCCACCUCCUUCGGUGCCCUUGAUAUCAGAUCCGGUGCCCAUGAUUCACCGGUUGACUUCAUUCUAGAGUCUUGGCUUCACUGCAAGCUUCCAACUGGUGCUCUCAACAUAACCACUUUAUUCGGCUUUCUCAAUGCAUCAACUGAGGCACCACACCUUCUCAUGGAGUUCAUACAGGGUAGCCCAACCUCUCUUGUUCUCUUCAUGGAUUUGCUCCCAAGGAAAGACCUUGUCCUUCAUCCUGAAUACCUUGCUGAAUUCUAUCAAGACACUCAACUCGAGAAACUCAGGCAGGAACUCAAUAACUUACCGUAUGUGCAGCCAUAUUGCUCUUCAUCUCUGUAUAUUCGCAGUGUACUUUCACCAACAGCCGUUGCGGUUAAUAUCAAUUGCGGCGCCGACGGUGAGAGUUCUAUGGAAGAGGUAAUGGGGGCUCAAUUGAGCAGUGUUGCCAAGGAAGUCCUGCAAAUAUGGUUGGAUAAAUGUGCUUGCAGCAGUCAUCAAAUGGAAGAGAGCAAAAGAAAUGUUUUGAUUCAAAGAGAUAAUUUGAUAAAAACUAAGACUGUCGAGAUUGAUCUUUCUGCAAAUUUGCCAAGGAUGUUUGGUCCCAAUGUCGCAGAAAAGAUUGUUGGAACAAUACAGAAAACUUUCAGAAUAUGAGACUGGAAUGAUAGAGAUUGGUCAGUUGGUUGGUUGAUUGGUUGUGGUUCUCAGAAUUGUAAUAAAAAUUACUGGAAUAGUAUGUGUUAGUGUGUGAUUUGAGUCUCAGUUGAUAAUUACAUUAGAGUGAAUAGAGAGAUUCAUCUUCAACUGAAUGUAUUAAAUUUAGCUCA